AUGCGAACUCGAUCGAGUCGGUCAACUGAAGACUUGGUCGAGCUAGACUUCACAACGGAGGGGAAUGGAAACCCUUUGGGUAAUGGACUCGGUCGAGCUAGGCAAACUCGACCGAUUGGUCAAGGAGAUGCUCCAAACCGCCACCAACAGAGACAAGGGAUUGUUCCACCACCAGUGCAGAACCACAACUUUGAGAUCAAGCUGGGAAUGAUCAACCUUGUCCAGAACAAGAUGUUCCAUGGAUUGCCAAGUGAAGACCCCAUUGACCACCUUGAUGAGUUUGAUAGGCUUUGUGAUUUGACAAAGAUCAAUGGUGUCUCUGAAGAUGCCAUCAAGCUGAGACUCUUUCCUAUGUCUCUAGCUGACAAAGCUCACCAAUGGGAGAAGAGCUUGCCCCAUGGCACAAUCACCACUUGGGAUGAAUGCAAGAAGGCCUUUCUUGCUAAAUUUUUCUCCACCGGUCGCACAGCCAAGCUUAGAGGAGAGAUAUCCAGCUUCAUCCAGCGAAACAAUGAGACAUUCGCAGAGGCUUGGGAGAGGUUCAAAGGCUACACAAGUCAGUGCCCACACCAUGGAUUCAACAAUGAAUCACUACUCUCCACUCUUUAUAGAGGAUGCUUGCCUAGGUAUAGGGAGAUGCUAGACACAGCUAGCAAUGGGAACUUCCUCAACCAGGAUGUAGAUGAUGGCUGGCAACUUGUGGAGAACAUAGCCAACUCAAAUGGAAGCUAUGGAGAGAGUAUGAUCGCACCAACCGGAGCUCGACCCACCACUCGAUCGAGUCAGACGAAAAGUUGA